UUGCCAUGACAGCAUAUAGUUGGCAAACUCCCUUGUUGCCAUUGAUUAUUGGCAGUACACAUUCAAACGCUGUCUUUCGCUUGUUUUGGAAUGAAAAGAACUGCAGUGACACCGACCGUUUUGUUGAAUGACGCAUCAUGUUGCUGGUGGUAAUGGAAGGACGGGGAACAUUCUAAAAAGUAGCCCGCACUCUUCGUGUUUGGACCACGUAUUCAGGCAUGUAAUCUUUCCUGACUCAAUACAGUGUUGCCAGGACACCAAGGGAGGGAGAGCUUUAGGCUACAGUAGGCUAAGGGCUAUGAGUGUGAAACUGCACACACCCAAUUCUACAAAUAUCCACAGUCUUGUUCAAAACUAAAUACAAUGGGGACAUCUGGAACUGAUGCAGUCGAAUUCUCAGGGGAAGAGGAGGAAGAAGAGGAGGAAUACUAUGAAUUUGAGCAUCUACCUGCACUCCUUGAAGAUGAGGAGAACGUGUCCCUGGCAGAUAUCCUGUCGUUGCGGGACACCUGUCUGACGGAGCAGGAGGUGUGGGCGGUGUGUGUGGAGUGUGUCCUGGCCUUGCAGAGUAUCGCCCCGUCGCCCCUCUUCCACACCCUGUGCAUCACACCCGACACCCUGGCGUUCAACGCCCAUGGCAAUGUGUGCUUUAUGGAGCAACUCAGUGAUGAUCCUGAGGGAUCGUUUAUACCUCCAGAGUUUGACAAGACUGGCAGUACCUUUGAGGGACACAUGUACUCUCUAGGUUCCACCCUCUCUGCUGCGCUAGACUUUGUCAUUGAGCCAGAACUGGAGGCAGAGCUGGGGGAGGAGAUUCAGAGACUGCUGGAGCAGAUGCAGGAGGAGGGGCCAGAGGACAGGCCACACCCCCAGGACGUCCUAUCCCUUGCAGAGGAAAAGCUAGAACAUACCUCUUCCACAGUCCUGUGCCGGAAACUCUCUUCUAUAGGAAGAAGAGUCCUGUCAAUCGAGUCCGUUGCAACAUUUCAAGAUGGGUGGGAUGGCUCUUGGGAGGCUCGAUGGCAGCAGCCCAAACCCAACUGGCAGCUCCACAAGAGCAUCAGCUCUGAGGACAGUAGCUUCAAAGACCAGUGCAUUGUCUCAGACACCACGGCUGAGAAUCCAGACCCAAACGAUCCCAAUGUAACUCUCCGGCAUCACGUAUGUGGGGCCUGGGACUCCACCCUGUGGGCUGAUGGUAUGGGGGAUGUGGAAGAGGAUGGAUGUGUCAUAGAGGAGGACAUGUUUGGUUCGCAGUUGGAUAGCAGAUCUCAGAACAGUUCCCCUGUACGCAGGAGGGCUCAGGAGAGGGCUGGGAGGGUAAGGGGGGUUCUGAAUCGUUCCUGCUCUGUCCCAGACUCCAAUAAUCCCCCCACACUCCCGCCAACGCCCCACGAGGAUAUCAGUGUCAAUGUAUCGGACCUCACGGAGAUAGGAGCUGAGGAAUGCAUGGGGCACGGGUCUGUUUGGAGCAAGAGAGGGGAUAGAGAGACAGCCCCUUAUGAGUGCAGUGACUCUAAGCAAUGGGGCUCAGUAAGAGACAAUGAGAUGUCAGAAGGGGACAGACCUUCUCACAUGCCCAUAUGUGGUGGUAAAACAGAUUCAGACGGUCAAACACGUGAUGAUCCCACUUUGGCCCGCCCAGCUCAAGACCCAGAAGUGUCGGUUGACUCUGCCUGCAACGUGACUUUAAACUCAAACCUUUACACUCCAAAUAAUCACAUGACUAAAAGCAUGCUGUGCCUCAAUGAAGAAUCACAAGAUGAGUGGAUCUCUCUGAGGGAUCUACUCACACGGAGUGGGCAGAGAUUGUCUGUGAAUGAGCUAUGGGCCCUGUGUCAUACCUGCCUCUCCACACUGCAGACGUACAUAGACUACCCAGCAUACUUAUGCUUGGACACAAUGUACGUGGGUUGUGAGGGAGAAGUUCUCUUCUUGAAACCUAAAAACACAGGAUCCUGUGAUGCAUUUUAUCUGGCCCCUGAAUUCCAGGAGCAUGGAAUCGUAACUGAAAAGGCCUGUGUCUAUGGGGUGGCUGCCAUCCUAUGGGCCACUGCCAAGUUCAAUCUGUCAGCCAACCAAAAACUGGCUAUGCCCAGGAAGUUGAAGAGGCUGCUGCUGGAGAUGGCCAAGAAGACGCCCUUCGAGAGACCAUCCAUUGUCAUAGCGAAAAAGGUAUUAAUAGUUUCAGCUGUCAACCACUCUAUUGAAAAGCACAUCUAUCGGUUUGUGCCCAUGGCUACUGAGAGCCGAUUGGCUCCUGUUCCUGGCCCUGUUCCCCAUUGCUAUCCAAUCAGUGGAGCCCCCCAGCUUCCAGAGGCCUUCACCUCCCCUGCCACACACUUCACCCCCAUCGUCCUGACCAGGGAGGGGGACACUGAGGAAGAAACUCCCCUGUCUGCUUCAGACAUUGAGGGGACUAGAGGCAGUGAGAUCCAGCCUGUGCAAGAGGCCAAGCACCCAGAAACACCCUUACACCUUGAAGACCUACCCCUACCUCAGUCAGAUAGAGACCUACAGGACAACGGACAGGACAGCCCUGUCAAUCAAAAGAAUGUGGUCACACGUCACUCCUCCUCCACUGCCUCCAGCAGCAGGACAUUGGUCAACUCUCCACCUCCCACCUACCCCGAACUGACCACCCAAUUGUCUGUGUCUUCCUCUUGCCAAUUGUCAUCCUGCUCUCAUCUGACUGGUGGUGGUGUUUUCAACAACUUCCUCUUGCGACAUGACCCACUAACAGGGGACCUAACCCUGGUGCCGGUGCAGAUAACAGUCGCUGAGUCCCUCCAUGGACUGGAGCUCAAUCUGCCCCUGACCUCAAGCUCCAGCUUCUUCCAGGGUCAACCUACACAUCCAGGGGGCCAUAGAGACCAUCUGACCCCUGGUCAGGGAGCUGAACCCCUGCUGUCUUGCCUUAAUGGAAGCGCUUGCAGCAGAGCCUUGGACUCCUUAGUGUCAAUGUCCCAGCCCCAUAAUGGAGAGGAAGGUCCAAGGACAGGAGAACGUGAGGAUGAACCCCUAUCAGAGUCCCAUGGACCUCCUCAGGGAGACUCCCAUCUGAAUCACCCUUCCCUACAGGAAGUUAUUGGCCUGCUCAGGGCAGAGUUUGCCUUUGAUGGCUAUCUGGAGAAUGGUUUGGAGGAUCUAGCAAUGGGGGAGUAUAUCCUGUCUCUGAAGGACCUACAGUACCAGACGUUCUGCAAUGUUGUGAAAGAGAAGUUCUGUGACCUUUACUGGGAUGAGGACUUAUUGGGAGUGCUACACUGUGUGGUCAACUACAGCCAACUCUCGCUAGGCUCUAACGAAGAGUCACCAUCAAAGCCUUGGCAAAGGGCAUCCACCUCACCCCUGAGCGCUGCUGGCUGUAGAGGGGAGGAGAGGGACGCACCCCGACAUGGUCAUGUCGACCUGAAUGGCAACCUGCACCACAGUGGACCUGUAGCUUCAGAUGCAUGGGAGAAAUGUCAGAGAGACCAGAGGCCCCUGUCUACAUACAGAGUAACAAAGACUAGACCUGAACAUAGAGAUGCCGUAUCAGAGGAAGGGCAACAUAAUGGCUGCCCAGGAUUGAGAGCUGCUGAGUGUUUGGGUAAGGGGGCCAUGGAGAGUGCCGCGCAUCCAGUGGGGGUCAGUGAUGAAAGCCCCCCUGAAGCUGACUCUCUGUGUGGGAUGGACGAGCCACUGAGGGUGGGCCACCUAGGCCAGAUGAGCUGCUCCAAGGACAUGGAGGACACAGAAUCGCUGGUGUUUGAGCGUCUCCUCUCCCCCUGCUCUGGAGCAGAGGUGUCUAGCCACAGCCUCAGCCCAGCCUGGGGCCUGGCCUUCUAUGGAGAAGACUGUUUUAGUCAUGAUGUGGUGGAAUAUGCUAUAACCCUGGGGCAGCACAGUGAGUCACCGUGCCUGGAGCUGAAAACACAGGAGCUUCAACAGCAGCGCAUGAUCGAGAUGAAGAAUCUGAAAAAGACCCGGAAUUUCUACCAAAAGCUGCUCCACCAAGAGAGAAGAAAUAAAGGUUCGGAGGCUAGAUUGAUGCUGUCCAAACUCAAGGUCCAGCUUGAGGAGUUGAGGUCCAAAGUGGAGUUCCUAGACUGUGUAAAGAAAUAUCUUGAGGUUCUGAGUGUGGAUCAGUGGGGUAUGGAUAUGUCCCUCCUCCCCUCCCUGGCAGCAUCUGGUCCAGGGAGCCCUCUGGACCUCCAGCCCUCAGAGGAGCCUGCCGUGCUGGGAUUGGUGUCUUUAUCUGGGGCAGAGAGAGGGAAGAGCAGCCUGCAGGCCGCCACACCCCUGGGUCUCAUGUCGUACCUCUAUGCCAGAAAUGCUCCAUUGGAGGGCUACAUUCAACAGUUCCUGUACACAUACCGCUAUUUCUGCACCCCUCAAGAACUCCUUCAGUUCCUGAUGGAAAAAUUCACCAGUGCUGUAGCAGCAGGAGGUGGUCCAAAUGUGUCAGGGGACCGUGCUAAGGUGUACCAUCGGAGUCUGGAUGUGCUGCAAACCUGGCUGACUGACUGCAGACUGGUGGACUUCAGCCCCAAGUCCAUCCUGCUGAUCACACUGGAAAACUUCCUCACCAAUGAAGUGUCUCCAGUAGACAGCAGAGGAGAGAGGCUUCUGACCACUCUUCAGAGCUCUCCCAGGAGGAGGCGGAGCCAAAGCUGUGGGAGCCCAAUCAGCAUGCAGGAAGAAGAUGAUGCAUUGUGUUCUCAUACCAGAUGCAGAAAAUCACAUGUUGAGGACUCUGGAAAGAAGAGUUUCCAGUGGAGAAUAUCCAGGGUGGUGGAGCCCCAGGCGACCCAGACCAAAGACCAGGCCUACUCAUUAGCAGCAGCCCUGCCGCGGCCCUGCUACACCUCCCUUAUGGAUGACAUCUCCAGUGCCUGCCUCAGAAGCYAGGAAAGACACCCUUUUAGUCAGAGUGAACACAGCGCCCAACACACGGCACAGCAACUCACUCUACUGCAGCAGGAAAUGUUUCAAGGCUGUCACCCCAAUAAUUUCCUCAACUCUAGAGCUCAAGGAGUCGGGGACAAAGCUUUUGGUGUCACCAAACAUGUGUUACACUCUAUACCUCCAGUAGAGGGCAGCAGUUUAUUUGUUAAUGAGGAGAUGCCACAGGACAGCCACCUCCAACAGCUACUGAGAUAUGCUGACAGCGUCUCCAACUGGGUCUCUGCUGAAAUUGUCAUCUGUGAUUCGAUAAAGAUCCAAGCGGCUUUGCUCACCAAGUUUCUGUUAAUUGCCAAACACUGCUAUGAAUCGAGAGACUUCGCCACAGCCAUGCAGGUCCUUGGAGGUCUGGAGAAUGUUUUUGUCAGGCAAUUACCCGCUUGGAAACAUCUGUCUACCAAGGUGUGUGAGGUCCUAGAGGAGCUGCGAGCCGUGCAGGUCUUUCUGAAGAGUGAUAACCUGUGUCUGAUGGGAGGGGAUCAUGUGAGGAGGAGACCCACCCUCCCUGCUGCCCACAUCCUGGCCAUGCACAUCCAGCAGCUGGAGAUAGGAGCCUUCACUCUGACCAGCGGUGCCUAUAAGUGGCCAAAACUUAGGACCAUAGCGAAGGUGGUGAGUCAGGUGCAUGCGUUCCAGGAGACAGUGUACUCCUUCACUCCUGACCUGGAGCUGCAGGCCUACGUAAGACUACGCAUCGCCCACCUCAGCGGCUGUGACAUCCCCUUGCUGGCUGCAGACAACGAGGCCAACUUCCACCACACCCCCACUGAACGACACACCCGCAGGAUCCAGGACACACUAAAGAGGGUGAAGGCCACCUUCCAAUGAACUACAGCCUUGCCUGAUCUAGGAUCAGAUUUGCCUUUUGGAUCAUAAUGAAUAUGAGGAUAUGGACAGAGGGGACCUGGUCCUAGAUCAGUACUCAUAAUGCUUUAUGAAAUUGGGCCCUGGUCAGACAACUACUCAACAGACCCCAAACCCCCCAUGCCCCACUGAGUUACUUUGGUAGCAGAGACUGGGUGGGUGUCUCUAUUUAUUGGUAAUAACUUUGAUUAGACAUUAUGAGGACGGUCUUAUUUGAACACAAUGACAGAGCCACAUGAAGGCAUUCAAGGUGGUUCAUUUUGACUUCACUCUGAUUUUAUACAGUGAGCAGUCCAGCUCAAUCCCCCACAUUGCACCCCAUGGCAUGACAACCCACUGCACACCUCUAACUCCUUGAUUAUCUCCAAAGUAGAGUACAAAGUCAUCUGAAAAAUAUAAUUGUUUCUUUUGAUAUUAGAGUGAGAAGAGGAGAAAACAGUAUUGGACUUUUUAAGGGGAAGAACGAUUGGUUCUGUUUGUUGGUUCUGUUGGUCUGACAGAUAUGCUUUUUUACCUGUGAAAAUGUUCAACAACAAACAGAAUGAUUUUGAAUAUUUCACAACAACAUUUCACAACAUCUUUAUCUAGCACUGGUGGAGGCAUAUGGAUCACAUUUCUCUCUCAUGUACACCAUUUUGAUUGCUAGUCUCUAAGACAACAUAAUAAUGAUAAUGUUUCAUAAAGAGAUGACAUCAUGUCUUUAAUUCACUGAGCGUUAUGUAUUAUAGCUCAAUUAGAUUUGAAAAGUGAGAUAUUACCAUUUUCAAUUCUCCAGAGCACCAUCUGAAUGCAUUGCCAAUAGCUACUUGACAUGAUAAUUACAGUAUUUCAAGAUACUAAAAUUGGAUUAAACUCAUGAUGUAAUUUGCUAUUACGGCUAAAUCAGGGAUGGGCAAACUGGAGGGUCGCGUGCUGCACCCCUUUUGUAGUCCCGGGGAUCAAUUUCUAAAUAUAUAUACAGUACCAGUCAAACAUUUGGACACACCAACUCAUUCAAGGGUUUUUCUUUAUUUU